UAUUUAAUGUUCAAACUGAUAAAUUUUAUUGUUUUCAGCAAAUCAUUAACUUAGAAUUUUCUCUUUUCUCUUGUAGUGUAUUCAAUUAAAUAUAGGUCGAACAUGAUUUGCAAAUCAUUGUAUUCUGUUUUUAUUUAGGUGUAACACACGUCACAACUUCAUUGGAAUUGGGGUUGUACUUGUAGGGACCAUGUACAGAACACUUUAAACUCAAAAUAGUAAGGAUUCUUUGUGCCAGAUUAUAGCAUUGUAACUAAUUUCCUUCUGUAGUUCCUAUAACAAUUAAGAAAAGUGUUGAAAGGUUAAGUUAAAAGACAUUAGGAGGGCUAUAUGCAUAUAGUAUAGAUACAUACAUACAUACAUACCUGUACAGUAACAAAGUGCAUUCUCAAAAUAUGCCCACAUGGAUUGCAUUACUCACAUCUAGUGCAUUUAAAAAAUGUUUUUUAAAAUAAAUGCUUGAGGCCAGCAAUUACAGCACAUGUAAUUGUACUAAAUGGGAAGCUGCAGUGUUGGGAGUAACAAAUUACAUGUAACAAUUUUAGGUAAUUCAAUUACAAAAUGUAUGUAUUUGUCAUCCAUUAUAUUCCUGGGAGAAAAUAUGUAAUUAAACAGUGUUACACAAAUGUAACAGUUGCUUUUGGAAAUUUCCAUGAUUACAAUUUUAGUUACAUUUGAAAAAGUGCCACAAAAACUAGAUUUUUUUUCAUAUCACUUCUUCAUUCUAAAGCCGACACUUGUGAUUGGCUCUCUGUUCACGUGCCAUUCGGAUGUAGUCUCAAACAUGACCUCAAAGUGUUACCUUGUAAUACAAUCAGUUUAUUUGAGAUUUUGAAAAGGUUAAACUUUUAAACACAAAACAAAAUUGACUUUUUUGAACGGUUUCAUCUUUAUAAUUUUUGACUUUAUUGAUGGAACGUUCACUUAUCUGGGUUGUCAUAUGUAGCAAUAUUGCCUAAAUUGUGCACAUUUGUCAUUCGUCAACAUGUUAUGGUAUGCUGGUUUUCCACAUGCUGUAUACAUAAUGCAAGAGACACAUUUAAAAAAUAUAUUUAUUUACUUUUUAUCAUAUUUUGCUAUCAGGUUAUUAUUAGUGUAAACAUUUGUUUUUGCUUAAUUUCAAAAUAGUUAUCUAUGGGUUUAAUCCACUUGUUUUUCGUAUUUUUUUGAACAUCCAAGGGUCGUGUUGGUACAUUCAUUAAAAAUCAAGAAAAAGUAUUCAAAAUAUAAUACAAUAUAAUUAGCUAUAUCACUUUGAGAAAGUAAUUGAAAUCGUUACACUACUUAUACAUUUUCAACAGGGUAACUUUUAAUUUCAACCAAUUACAUUUUAUUUUAAUUGUGACUUAAUAAAGCUAUUGUUUUUUGUUUCCCCCCCAUGCUAACAAGUUGAUACCCGCUUUUGCACCCCUUUGCUGUGCGUGUGGCCCAGCCCCCUUUCCGCCCCCCCGCUCCCCUCGCCCCUCUCUUGGUCCCGCCCCAGUAGUCAUCGCGGGGUGGCUCUCCAUGGAACCUCGCAUCCUGUUCCACAGUCCCACCGCCGCACCGUCACAGACAACCUUCACGCCACAUUCACACUCAUUGAACACCCAACUCCACCGCCGCGCCGUUCCCAUGCUCUGCCCUCACCCUGAGAUGCGACAGCCCUGCUCGAUCGCCAGGAGAAUCCCCUCAGCACGCGUCGCUCCUCGCGGAUAGAGAGCAUGCCCGACGCGGGGACGCAAGGCGCCGCAGCCCCGGUGGCGGCCGCCGCCGGUGGCGGUGCGACAGCGGCCGGCGACGGAUCCGAGAGCAGCCGCCACCGACACCGAACGCAGCAGGCAGAGGCGGAGAGGCCGGAGACGGUCGCUACCCCGCCGCUAAGCUCCGGCUCCGGUGUACUGGAUAAGUUGUUCGGAAAGAGGCUGCUGCAGGCUGGGAGACACGUCAUGUCUCAUAAGUCUUGGAUGAAGACGGUGCCCACAGAGAACUGUGACGUCCUCAUGACAUUUGCAGAUACCACAGAUGACCACACGUUGCUGUGGCUACUGAACCACAUCCGGCUGGGAAUCCCAGAGCUCAUCAUCCAAAUCCGUCAUCAUAAGCAUACGCGCGUCUACGCGUUCUUCGUCACCGCCACCUAUGAGAACUUGUUGCGAGGUGCUGAAGAGAUAGGUCUGAGGAAGGCGGUGAAGCCCGAGUUCGGAGCAGGAACCCGGAACUUCUCCUGCGAGGAGGACUACAUCUAUGAGAACAUCGAGAGCGAGCUGUGCUUCUUCACCUCGCAGGAGAGGCAGAGUAUCAUUAAAUACUGGCUGGAUAAUCUACGUGCCAAACAUGGGGAGGUGCUUCAUAAUAUCAACUUCCUGGAAGGUCAACCAAUCAUCCCAGAGCUGAGUGCACGAGGCGUGAUCCAGCAGAUGUUUCCCCUCCACGAACAGCGCGUCUUGAGUCACCUAAUGAAGUCCUGGGUCCAGGCCGUUUGUGAGAAACAGCCCUUAGAUGAUAUCUGUGACUACUUUGGUGUGAAGAUAGCCAUGUAUUUUGCCUGGUUGGGUUUUUACACCACUUCCAUGUUGUAUCCUGCUGUGAUCGGCUUUGUACUGUGGAUGCUCACCGAAUCGGAUCAGACGAGCCGGGACAUCUGCUGCGUGGUUUUUGCACUCUUCAACGUGGUGUGGGCCACUUUGUUUCUGGAACGGUGGAAGAGAAGAGGUGCGGAGCUCGCGUAUAAAUGGGGAACUCUGGACACGCCUGCCGAAUCCCUGGAGGAACCACGUCCUCAGUUCCGGGGAGUCAAGCGCUGUAGUCCUGUCACAGGAUGUGAGGAGUUCUACUAUCCGCCAUGGCGGAGACGUGUGUUCAGGUGGCUGGUCAGCUUGCCCAUCUGUCUUCUCUGUCUCUGUUUUGUCUUCCUGGCAAUGCUCAUCUGCUUUGAGCUACAGGAGUUUGUAAUGGGGAUCAAGGAAAUGCCUCGGCUGGCUCGCUUCAUCCCUAAAAUAAUGCUCGCUAUCACUGUGACUGCAUGCGAUGAGGUGUACAGGAAAAUUGCCUGCUGGCUCAAUGACAUGGAAAACUAUCGACUCCAGAGUGCCUAUGAGAAAAAUCUCAUCAUCAAAAUUGUUCUUUUUCAGUUCGUAAAUUCAUAUCUCAGCCUUUUUUACAUUGGAUUCUACCUCAAAGACAUGGAGCGGCUCAAAGAGAUGCUGGCCACUCUGCUCAUCAUCCGUCAGUUCCUUCAAAAUGUGAAGGAGGUGUUGCAGCCUUAUGUGUACGAGCGCCACAAGCUGGGCGAGCUCACUUUGCGAGCUCUGUGGGACCUGCUGCUUUCCGUGCUGCUAAAAUACGCCAGGCUGGCUGCUGGGAAAGCACAGGCCUCGCCCACUGACCCGGCCAUGCCGGGACCUGGUCUGAGGGGCACGAGGCCCGGGGUGGGGCAUACCGACAAAAGGGAAAAGAAGUGUUUAAAUGGAGGGUGCGGCGUGCCUGAUGAGGAAGAGAGUGGCAAGAGGGACGAGGCUGACAGCGGGAGGUUCAGUGAAGGAGAAACUGAUGAGGAAAGUUUGAUCGACUGUGGUUUGAAACUGAGGAAAGUCAGCUUUAUAGAGAAGAUGGACAGGAGGCCAGCAUGUAGCGACCACCCCGUGGACGAUAGUUUUAUGGAAGAGGGGAGCCCGACUAUGGUGGAAAAAGGAAUGGACCCCAACUCUGUGUUUUCAAUGUGUGAUGAUGAAGAUGUUAAUGGCAUCCAUGACGUGAAGGAGACGGGCGGAAGUGUGGCGUGUGCAGCUGAAGGAGUCAGCUAUGCUUCUGCUGCUGCCUGUGCCGCUCCCCCUGCCUCCAGGAGUGAGAGCAGCGCAUCCUUGCGAAAUCGGAGAAGAGGCCGGAGCACCGAGCGGGCCGAACCCAGAACAAAGAGGGAGUCAUGGAUUGACCCUCCUGAAGUGAAAGAGAGCACCACGCUCACUCAGGCGGAGAUAGAGAGCUGCAUGCAGACUUAUGAGGACACCUUCCAGGACUACCAGGAGAUGUUUGUCCAGUUUGGCUAUGUGGUGCUGUUCUCCUCGGCCUUCCCUCUGGCUGCCAUGUGCGCACUCAUCAACAACAUCAUUGAGAUCCGCAGUGAUGCCUUCAAGCUCUGCACGGGUCUGCAGAGGCCCUUUGGUCUCAGAGUGGAGAGCAUUGGCCAGUGGCAGUCUGCAAUGGAAGCCAUGGGUCUGAUUGCCAUCAUUGUGAACUGUUACCUGAUUGGUCAGUGUGGUCAGCUGCAGCGCCUCUUCCCCUGGCUCAGCCCCGAGAUGGCCAUAAUCUCAAUUGUCAUCCUUGAGAAGCACGAACGUCAGGCUCAGCAGCACUACCAGCAGCUGCAGAGAAAGAAGAGGGAGGAGGAGGAGAGGCAGAGGCAAGUGGAGCAUAUGGCCCGCAGAGAAAGGGACAGGGAUGACGGCAAGGGCGACACCUCCGCGGAGCACCACCACGACAAAAGCCACAGCAGCAAAUCGCGCUCUGGCGGCGGCGGCGGGGGAGGGGCCGGCGGCUCGGACAAGCCCAAGAGGCCCAGCUCCCUGUUGGCCAACAACAACGUCAUGAAGCUGAAACAGAUCAUUCCGCUGCAGAGCAAGUUCUCCUCAGGUGGCGCCCGCUCCCCUCAGUCACCCACGGAAGCCAAGCUGCCAGGGUUCCUCAGCUUCAAAUUCCUCAAAUCACCUGAGAAUAAGAAGGAGUCUGCAGCGACUUCUGCGGCGGCCGCCAGCUCCGCUGCGAACGGGACGACGACAUCGUCAUCAUCAUCAUCAUCAUCAGGUAGCAGCUCACAGGAGCGUUCACAGUCACCCAGCAAAGCCUUCAACCCUGGCAAAUUGUUUAAUUUUGGAAAAUCGGAAGCGGGGACGUGUGUGAACGGGGCGGCCCUGCCCAGACCAGGGGAGGGAUCCUCAUCAUCACAGAUGUCAGAGAGACCGGCUUCCAGAUCCGACUUGAACGGCAUUCCGGAUGAGAUCCCCUCACCGGGAGGAGAGGGGUUCGAGAACGGACAUUCAAGUGAGCUGGACCCUCCUGGCCCAAAAGUCUAGUAGCUCCUUUGGUUUCACCUCAACUGACGAACUAACGUGAGCGUUGUGGCAACACCAGGCCCCACGCUGUUGGAGUACUUGAAGUUGAAAUUGAUUCCUGUUGUUUUUGGUUCUCCUGAACAACAAAAUACACUUCACAACAUACAUACAGGACACACACAAUCAUGUCUGCAAUACAUAAAGAAAUGCAUGAGCUGCAUUUCUUCUAUUUUUAAGCCUUCAAAGCAAAAAGCUGUGAUUCUUAAUUUCCUCUUUGGCCCAUUGUGAGCAUCUUCUGAAAGCCUGGAAGGGGAAAAAGACAUGAUAGAAAAAGGAUCUCUAUUUGUGCUCAGUAAGUGUUUCUUAGUCAUCAAAAAUCAAUAUUAGACAACUCUCUUGUUUUUAACUGAAAUAUUUGGCCCUUCUUUUUUAUGUGGAAAAAAAUGAAAAGCAAUACUAGUCAGUCUCUUCAUUUUGUGUAAUGCUGCAGUUUCUAUUGUGACAUAACCCCCCCCCCCCUUAGCGGGCAUCCUUGAUGAAUCACCAGCUUUAUUUUCAAAGCUGAGGUGAUGUCUAAGCUUUGUACACAUCUUCCCAUCUGUGGCAAUAUGGGAUUCAUUUGAAACAACAGUCAAUAGAUUAGCAAGUCCUGCUGUCAUUGUUUCUCAUAGGAGAGUUAAAGAGGCGCGCAAAAAAAAAAAGAAAGGGAAAGGAAACAGGAAACCGAGCAAAAGGUACACGCAGAGUCCUGUUGCUGGACCUUAGCCCACCUCUCACAGACAGAUUGUUCUCCAUUUCAUACCGUCUAAACACACUUGGCUAGUGAGCGGCAAAUUAAAGUUACUUUUGCACUAAACGCCACAUCACUGCAGGAGACGGCAGCCUGCCUCACAUUAUUAUGCAAACGGGACUGUAUAGUUUUCCUCUUUUUACAGUACACAGUAUCCAAGCAGAAAUACCUUAAAUAUUUCUUAUUUAUUUUUGCAAGGUGCUCUAAUUUCUGUAGCGCUCCAUGACAGGAUUUCUUUAUUAGUGCUAAUAAUUGUAAUAUUUUUUUUUCCGUUUCUGCACUUUUGCCAACCGUAUCUUUUACACAGUGGCAACAACAAAAGCGUCCAGAAAGGUGUUUCCCAACCUUUUGUGUUUGGCAUUACAGCAAUCUCACAGCACACCGCCAAACAUGAAUGUCACAAAAAGUUAAUAUACACUCAAAUAAUAAUGAUCUCAUCUCAAUUGACUUACUGGCCUGUUUAGUAAAUACUAUUCUGUUGUAUGGCAACAAGCGGAUACACAGGUUAAUUAUGCCAUAUCCCAUCUAGUGGAAGAGCAUUUAAUUGUUCUGCCUUCCACUAUCCGUCACUGGCAAGGAUAGAUGAACAAAGAUCCAUUAUUUGUAAGAAAUAAUUUUUGGAAAAAUUACAUGAACUUGCGUAAUUUCCCACGGCCCCCCUGACAAUCUCACAUGGCAACGUAAUUUGCCGCAUGAGUAGUGGUUGGGGAUCAGUGCUCUCGAGCAGCUUAAAACCAAAUUUCAGAGUAGGCAUCACAAUCUGGUUGGAGAGACAUUACCUAUGCAUUUCCACAUCACUGUCACUGAUAAGGGUUUUGGCAAUAACAGAGGACACUUACCUGUAAGAAUCAGUCAGUCCACUUGUCACGCGGCUGUAUUUGUUGUGCGUCAUGUCCACUAGUUGAUAUUAUCAGUAGAGAGUGCACCUCUCCUUAUCCACAGAUAACAUCAUUUAAUUCAUUUUAACACCAAUUUACUCUCUUCUGUAUUAACAUGGAACUAUAGGUCCAUCCACUUUAUCGCCUCUGCAUUAACGACAAGUUUAUAUUGCUGCAGAGGAGUAAAAAUGACAUGACAUGCAAUAAGGGAAUAGGCUAUAUUAUCAAGCUAUGUAUUGUUUUAAAAUAUUUGGAGGUGGGAGAGAUACAUUAAGCGCCUGUGUAUGAUUUGCAGACGGGCAAAUGAAAAAUCAGCAUAGUGAUGUGUAGCUGGGCUUAAGCUCAAAAACUCAAAUACUUGCAUCAACGAAUGCCUCCACGACCCAAAUGGUCGAUUUGAAAGAAGGGAUAACAAACGUGAGGACACGAUGCAGUUACUCGUGUAACACACAUUUUUGGGUCACUAUAUACUUUUCAGGGAAACCACAAGUUCCGACUGCAGAUAUUAAUCACGUUGACCACUUGUGUAUUCAAACUAGCCUUUUGCUGCAGCAACAUCAACGCAUCAUUAUAAUAGGGGCUUACAUGUUGGCUUUGUUUUAAAAUAAACAGAACUAUACCAGAGGAUCUGUUUCCUGGUUCACAAAUGCAUCGACACGUUGGAAGAGCAGCUUAAACAAAAAAGAAACAUUUGAUCAUUGAAAUGAUUUCAUGUGAAGUCGGCAGGUGAAGAUUUUUGAAAUUUCCCUGUAAUUGUUGGACGUGAACAUUUAUUUGGCUUUCAACAAUGCCACAAAUAUCACCAUCAUCAUCAUCCAUUGAUGCCUCAUUUACAGAUCAUCAUCAAGCUCUUCCAAUGUAUCACUGAACAAAAACUCUUUUGAAGACUAACUGGGAACUUGGACUAUUUAUUUGUUUUAAUUUAUUUUGUCAUAUUUUUGUAAGAUCUGAAGAAGUUGAUAGUUAAUAAAACUAUUUCAAAUGCA